AAAGGAACUGAUUUUAUCUAACUUCAAAAUUUAGACUUCUUUCUGGUUGAAAAAAGUUGUCCAAACAAGCAACAUUUUUAAUCGAGUUCUUUCAAUUCGAUUAAAAAUGUCACAAUAUUACUUCAGUACAUACAGUAACAGAUGUCAAUAAAAUUACGUUUGACCUGAUGUCUUUGAAGCAUAAUAUGACUGAAAUACCUAAAAUUUUAUCUAAUUCAAGUUCUAGGAGAUGCGUUGGAACAUCCUCUACCGCCUGGUGCGAAUAUCUCGUUUUUGCCAAAAGUGGAUAUUAGCCGUUUUUUCAAUGGUGGGCAGCAGUACGAGUCGUACAUUUAUCAAACGAAGUUUACCAAGUUAAAUACGACGAGUGCUUAAAAAAUCAAGUUUUGCAGCGAGUUGAAUAUUAUAUAUUAUAUUGUUAUUUGGCGUCAUGAUCCAAAAGUGUUGCUUUUCGUAAAAAAAACUGAAAAGUUGAAAUUUUAAACACUCAAAUGGAUGCUGAAAGUACUUUUCAGUACGAAAAGUAAGAAGCUUUAGAACUAAAUUGGAGCCUAACAUUUCUAAAGGGCACAUAACUUUUACAAACAAUUGUGUAUCCCUUUCACUCAAAUGAAAGUUUACAUAAGGUGUGAAAGGGACACACUCUUGCUUAAAAAAGUGCAAGCACAAAUUGAAAAGGCUACACUCAAAUCAGGUAUUUCUGUCAUCCAGAGCGACUGACUUUCAACAAACAAACCUUUGCAGUGAAGAGAUUCGGAGCUCGUCUUUGUCUGCAUUUUUCGUUUAAUCCGGAGUGAAAAUUCCUGAGUAAGUUGAGUUUAGACGAAACUGAGUGAUUUCGAAUGUGCGUGUUUGUUUAUAGUAGAUUUGACAGCUAAGGUUGGGAGGAUAUCGAUAUGAUGUUUUUUUCUGAGUCAUUUCAUAUUUACAAGUUGUUUUUAAAUAAUAACACAGCCUUCUUUGAAAUAUUUCACAAUAUUUACAAAUCACAAAGUUGUGAUUUCAUUUAGAAAAAAAUAUGGUGGAGGCAUGCCUGCAAUGUUUUCUUUUCUAAAAUAUUGAUUUUUUAGUUACUUAUUUUUAUAUGAGAACUCUAGAAGGUGCAUACGAAUGCCAAGACAAGCCAACUCAUUACAGGAAAAAGGAUGUGGGAUCAUAAGCAAAACGGAACAGUACGCUCAUCUGUCCAAAAGAGGGCAGCACUUUGAGCAAAGGGACUCCAUCAAAAGGAUGCUACACAAAAAAAACUAACCAAAUAAAAAAAAAAAAGAAAGUGGAAAGAUUCCACAAACCACACAACAGCAAAGCAACUGCAAAUCGAGUACAGAUUAAAACACACAAGAAAACGACAACUAGCCUGUAAAAUAACAUAACAAUAUUGCUUACUUAAAUGUUUACCAUUUUACGUGUAAACAUCUUAGAUAAAAUUAUUGCAGAUUUAGUGCCGUGCAUUUUUAUAGAAAAAUUCCAACAAAAUUAAAACCAAAAAAAAAGUUGUACAAAUCGAACUAGUUAAAACCAAAAAGAUAAAUUUUCUAGGGUAAUGUGUCCAAUUUAAAGCAAAAAAGUAAAACAAAUAAAUCAAUCAUUUUUAUAAGUCAAGAAACAGCAGCGUAGCGUUUACAGCACACACAUACACACACAUACAGCAGUCGUUCCGUUGUCAUCCGAUUUGCGUUCGUGCAAAACAAGCCACAUUUCCAAACUGUUUGUAAAUACAAUUUUUGGUAUGAUUUCCAUUCAAAGUUGAAGCUAAUUUCCGUCGUUAAGGGCAAACCAUUCGAGCUUUUAUAAGGGAUUAACAAUGCAAUUUUCGUUUGAUUAUUCAAAGAUAUCAAACCAUACAAACUUAACCACCAAAAACACUCACUCACACAUUCAAAAAGUAACUCUAUUUCCGAUCGUGUAUAAGCGGCUGGUGUAAAAAUAGCAAGUAAGUAAGCCAAUCUGUUUUCGCUAUAGUAAAUGAUACAACAAACAACAACAUAAAAUCGCAAAAGCAUAACAUCGAGAUUACGCGUUGCAUAAAAACUGCAGAAAUUGAGUGCGAGCAUAUAGCAAAUACUUUAUAAAACGCUAAAAAAACACACACACACACAGUAACCUUACAAAUUACAAGACAGGACAAGAAAAAAAACCUAAAUGAGCUAAGCGCGCUUUGCAAUGCAAACCAAAAAAAGGAGACAUUUGAACCAGGUGGCGAGGCUUACUUAGAUACGUGUGAAACCGAGCUGUUCAGUUUUUGCGAAUGCAGCAAGUCAGAACCUAAAAAAAAAGUCUAAAUAUUAAAUUUAAAGAAAAACAAGAAAAUGCUGUGAACAUUUAGGCGUAAUGCGUAAUUUAGGGCGCGCAGAUGGAAGCGAAAGCAGGCCGGCGGCAGCACUAAGAACAAUCACUUUAAACCCACUUUUUACCAGGCCUUGUUCUUUCCGUGUAGUCUAGAGAACAAGCAAGAAAGCUAGGCAAUUUGUUACCUAUUUGUACACACCACCACCACCACUACCAGGCAGGAGUCGUUUGUUUUACGCGUGGUAAUUGUUUUGUUUUCACGAUUUUUGCUUUAUAGACGUGAUUUAAACCAAUUUAAAAAAAAAA